GUGAUUCAGUAUUCCACGAAGGCUAAUAUUUGGCUGUUCAGGUAAAUGACUAUCUAAAGCCUUAGGGUAAUAUUUCUAAAGUACCACGUACGUUCGUUGUGUACCGCAUACAUGUACCGCACACAGACAUAUGUAUUUAUGUCUAUGGUACCACACACCGGCAGCAGUUCUAAAAUAUUUUACUCAGGCAUAUCCAGAGACGGCCGACAACAGGAGUUCGCGAGAUCAACGGUAUGCCAACACAGCACUGCUAGCAUCAGACUGCUUUGACAUUAGAUUUUUUUUAGCAGUUUGUGAUUCUGUUGGCUAAAUGGAGACCGAUAUUCUGGAUUCUCUUGAAGAUUUGGGUUAUCAGGGGCCCCUGCUGGAAGACGGAUGUCUGGACGCAGCGGUGAGUGGAGGAGCUGAAUCCCCAGAGUACACUAAGCUCUGUGCCUGGAUCGUGUCCGAACUCAAGCUCUACUGCAAACUGGAGGAGAAUGUGCAUGCCACCAACUGUCCCAGUGAAGCAGUGGACUUUCAGCUGGAGGUGAGCGGGCUCCUGGCAGAGCUGGUGUGUCCAUACACCAUCCUUACCUCAGGAGACGCCACACAAAGGCUCCUCAACAAAUCCAACUGCUUACUACUCUUAACUUUCCUGAUCUCAGAGCUGGAAUCCGCCAGGAUGAUCCUGGUGAAUCAGCCGCAGAAGAAGGCAGAGGAGUCGGGUGGCAGUGACCUCUUCCUGGAGCUGAAGGGCAUCUGUGUUGGUCUUGGCAUGUCCAAGCCCCCUCCAAAUAUCACCAUGUUCCAGUUCUUCACUGGAAUAGAGAAAAAGCUGAAAGAAGCGUUGGCUAAAGUGCCUCCUAACCAUGUAGGAGCUCCUUUGUUAGCGAAACCACUGGGGCCAUUCCAUUGGGAGAAAAUUGAGGCAAUCAACCAAGCACUUGUGAAUGAAUAUGACGUUAGGAGGAAGAUGUUGCUAAAACGUCUGGAUGUGACGGUGCAGUCAUUUGGGUGGUCAGAACGGGCUAAGACACACUCUGAAAAAUUGAAUAAAGUGUAUCCACCUUUGCGUGCGGCUCUGAAUGCCAAGACCACAGUGACUGUAGCUCACCUCUUUGCAGCGCGAGCAGACCUAUCAAAGAUUAUGCGCACCAGCAGUGGGAGGAUCAGGGAGAAGACAGCUUGUGCAAUUAAUAAGAUUCUGAUGGGCCGUGUGCCAGACCGAGGCGGGAGACCCUACGAGAUCGAACCUCCACCCCCAGAGAUGCCCUCUUGGCAGAAGAGGCAGGAUGGCCCGUCUGGAGGUUUUGGUGGUGGGCAGCAUUACGGAGGUGGUGGCAGAGGCGGGGGUGGUGGUGGUGGCAGGGGUGGCUACGACCAGCAUUCCCAUGGUGGGAGAGGAGGGGGUGGUUACGAGCGGGGUGGAAGGGGAGGAAGCAGAGGGGGUAAGGCUCAGGGAGGCUGGUCAGAUGGUGGAGGAGGGGGAGGUGGUUAUCAUGGUCACCAUCAAGAUGGAGGUGGACAUCAGGGAGGUGGGGGGAGAGGGGGCUAUGGAGGAGGAGGAGGAUACCAAGCAGGUCCUAACUAUUCUCAAGGGGGAGGUUAUCAAGGUGGAGGAGGAGGUGGACACCAAGGUAGCGGAUACCAGCACGACAACUACCACCAGGAUGGAGGCCGCCAGGACAGAGGGGGUCGGGGCGGACGUGGAGGCCGGGGAAGAGGAGGCAGAGGCGGAGGGGGACAGGGGCAGGGACAGGGACAGGGACAGGGACAGGGGCAGGGGCAGGGGCAGGGACAGGUACAGGGAGGAGGCUGGGGCGGUAGAGGAGGACAGAACUACAACCAAGGUGGACAGUUCGAACAGUUCUUCCAGCAUGGAGGCCAGCAGUACAAUCAGGCAGGUUUCGGCCAAGGCUACUACACAAGCUGAGACCACCAAGGCAGGUCACCACAGCAGGGUUUACACAUCAGUGGCUCUGGAGCUGGAACGAGCACAAUCAAGGCCACAAGGAUGAACGUGAAGGGAUACAGGUGUCACUUUUAAGCUCAGUACUGUGUAAACAUCCUUGAGACGUGAUGGGGAGCUUGAAGGCAGAUCGUAGUCGCUUUGGUUUGCAGAUGCCCUGUUUUGUGUUGUUGGUUGCCCAUUGGAAAAAGUCCAUUCCUGUCUAAUAGCUCACCAGACUACUUAGGCUAUGUGUGUGUGUGCGCUCUGCGAACCAUUAAUGUGCCAUAUUAAGAGGUUUUGCUGGGUUGAGCUUGAACUGCGUGGCCAGGGCCUAUCCCACUGGGUGAACCAGGCUGUGUUGACCAUGACGACAAAGCCUUAUUACGGAGGUUAUUUGAAGGCGGAGACCUUUGAAGGGGGUUUUGACAUUUCAUUGUUGCAUAUGACGUUACACAUGAUUAAAACAUACAGAAGUUCUCAUCGGUCAUCCUAUUUUCAUUGAACAAAGGUGAAAGACAUUUUUUGUUGAGCACUAGUUUACAUUUUCCCCUCAAACAGGAGUUUGGUUUCAAAUGGAUUUGUGGCUAUUUAAAAUAUGAAUGUUCCUUAAUUGUUUGCAGACAAACUUGACUGCUGUUUCUGUUAUUUAAAUUGAAAGCUAUUCAAACAGGCCACCCAAUGCUGCUUUGUUAUGUACAUAUUAUGGAAUUGACUGCUUGGAAGUGUGAAUGAAAAAGGAUGAGCAAUAAAGAAAAAAAUGUGUGUAAAAUGAAAAUGCAUCAUCCUAAAUUUUCAUACAGUUUGACUGAGGAAAGGAUGAAUAUUUGGAGAUAUAUGGGAGAGAUGUUAUACUUGACUGUUAGAUCAAUUAAAUACAGCAGUCCUUCAUGAAUUUACUCAAGAUUGUGAAGAGUUUCCAUAGGCCAACUGAAUGGACUUUUUGUUUGAGGACCUUUUUUAUGUAACUAAAUGUAUCAGGCUAAUGAGGAUUAAAAGGCAGUUUGAUAUAAACA